CGUGGUAUCGAGGGCCUCCGUCUCCUCGGCAGUGCAACACGGGCGAAGUGUGGAAGGAGUGCGCGAGCAGUUCUUGCGCCGAAAAGACUUGCACACGUCGUCAUGUGGGGCCCGGCUGCACGAUGGACUGCCGCUACGACUGCUUCUGCGACGAGGGCUUCUACAGGAACGCCGACGGCGCCUGCGUGACUGCUGACCAGUGCCCGCCCGAAGAAAAGGGCGAGUUACAAUUCCCUCCUCCUAGCUGGAUGCCCCAGGCCAAGCCCUGCGAAGAGGGCGAAGUGUGGAAGAGGUGCGUGAGCAGCUCCUGCGCCGAGGAAACCUGCGAGAGGCCGUGGCCGAUGAUGGAGUGCACCGCGGACUGCAGGCACGGCUGCUACUGCGGAGCGGGCUUCUACCGCAACAGCGCGGGGAGGUGCGUGCCGCUGUCGGAGUGUCCCCAGGCGCGCGUGGAAGAGGUCACUAAAGACAUCGAAUGAGUUUGACAAAGCAUGUGCAAAAUACACACACAAACAAAAAGAAAGAAACUAAAGAGAGAGUAGAAUAAAGCAGAUUUGAAUUGGG